CAUAACAGCAUCAUCUGACGCCAAACAUCUACAAUCAGUUGUAAACUUGCUGCACGCCAUACCCUUGCAACACAGUGAAUACCACAGAAGAGUUGGUGGGGAGAUGGUCCUCUAUAAUUUUGAAAUUUCGGCAACUACAUCUGAACAUUCCAUGUGGGAUUCGUCGAACAUGAAUGGAGACACGGAAUUGAACCACAAUACUACUGUCUGGAUCUCAGGCUUGUUUCCACUCGACAGAAAUCCUCAUAGAACCUGGAACGAAACACAAAGCGAUUUUGAUUUUAUUAAGGAUUUUACCUUAUCAUUCCAAUUAUUCAAUUCAUAUAAUAUUGAUUUGAUAUCAUAUGAAUUUGAGAAAUCAGUGAAGAUCUCGGCAUUGAUAAUCUUAAUACUGGGUUUCGUUGGAAAUGUUGUGACCAUCUGCACAGUUUUAUGCUACAAAAAGUUUCACACUCCAACAUUUAUUGCCAUCGGAUGCCUUGCAUUUUUCGAUACUCUAAAUAUCAUCUCCGGAUUUUUACAACAUUUUUCGACAUUGGCGACUUAUCUUCACAAUCAACAUGUUGUUUUCGAUAGACCGUUUUUGGUUAUGACUUUUUAUCUUUUACGUGAAAUAAUUUUCACCUGUUCAUGUUCAUACAUUGUGUUCCUCUCUAUGAUCAGAUAUUUGUUUAUUGUCCAUCCCUUACAGAGCAAAAUACGACUUUCUGCCUCAAUUGUUAUGGCAAUGUCUGCGAUGAUUUGGAUUUUUUUCUCACUAUUUUCAGCUUUCAAAGUAAUACUUAUAACAACGAUUACUAAAGAUUUAUCUUUUCAAAACAAAAUCAUGCACCUAAAUUCCCUUAUUAUGUAUACUCUUUGUGGGUUGCUUUCUAUCUGUGCAAUCAUUAUUAUACAUAUCAAAAAGGUGAAAGCUCUAAAAAACUCUUUUGUUGCAAAUAACAUCCACAGAAGAAUGAAUGUCACUAUUUCCAUUAUAUUAUCAGUUUUUAUUUGCUUUCAAAUUUCAGUUUUGAUGCAUAAAUCAGCUUUAUUUGCUUUUAGUUUUAAUUUUAUUCCAAGGACCCUUGUUGCAUACACAUCCUUCUUACAAUUUCUCUUAGGAACCCUAAAUUACUCUUGUAAUCCUUAUAUGCUCUUUUUUGCUUCACAGAUUAUUUCAUAG